GCAUAGCUUUAUAAAACGAUGCCUCAUUGGUCAAUUCGUAAUCGUACAGUGUUGGUUCUACGCCGGCGCCGCACGAGUAAGAUAUUUAUUAAGUUGUGAUUAUUCAAUAAUUAUGAACUACGAGGAUAUUUUAAGUUUUACACGAAUAAGUGGUUAUCAGUGUGAAUUAGAAGAAACCAACGAAAAAUAUUUUAUUUUGCGUAUAAAUAUUAAUGAUAGGAACGAAGCUGAUAGUUAUUUAAACUUGUUUGAAGCACAUACAUUAACGAAGUGGAUAAGAAAUGGGGAGUUGGCAAAUCCAGAAAGGGUCGUUUAUCAUAAAUACUAUAUGUGCCAACAUAGUGCUGUAAAUAAGAAGUGUAGUGCUCAUAAAACCGAAUUUAACACAGGCUGUACUGCAAAACUAGAUAUAGUCAUAAAAAAAUGUACUCCGGCUACGAAAAGAAAUGACAAAUAUUUGAAACUGAAACCAGCACUCUGUGGAAAAAUUAAGAUAGAUAUAAUACAUAACCAUACUAUAGGAACAAGUGGUUCUCUAAAAUAUUUGAAAAUGUCUAAUGAGACGAAGCAAAUAUUUGAACAGUAUUUUGACAAUGGAAUGAGUGCUUCUGAGGCUUUUCGCUAUCACGAAAGCAUGUUAAUGUUUAAUGAGAAGCCAUGGGAGAAGUUAGCAAAUGCUUCAAUUAAUCCCACGAAAAAUGUUGUAUAUUAUCUACACAGGCAAUGGACAUUGAAAAAUUAUGGAGCAGUUUUUGAACCUAUCCCAAAAUUGCAAGAGAAACUUACGUUUUAUGAAACGAGAGGAAUGAAAGUGGUAUUGGCAACAAAUCCUUGGGCAGUAGCAGUAGUUACUCCAAUAAUGCAAAGAGCGCAGCAGUUGAAUUCUUCUAAAGAGAUUAUAUUUUGUGAUAGUACUUCCAGUUGCGACAGUACUGAAACUACUGUUACUAUUUUGCUAACGGUUACCAAAGCAGGUGCUAUUCCAAUAGCUGUUCUUUUACAUGAUGGACAGUCUAUAGCUAGUUAUGAGCAGGCCUAUGGUUUGUUAAAGAAAGCAUUUCCCUAUUGUUUUGGGGGGAAUACGGAACCAUCAUGUUUUAUGACAGAUGACUCUAAAGCUGAAAAAGCUGCAUUGGCAAAUGCUUAUCCACAAUCAAGACAACUUCUCUGUUUUUUCCAUGUUUUGCAAAAGGAAUGGAGGUGGUUAUGUGAAAAGAAAAAUGGAAUUCCAUUAGAGAGGCGACAGUUUUUGAUGAACUUGUUUCGUAAGGUUAUGUAUAGCGAAACAGAAGAUGAAUUGAAUAUGAUGAUACUGAACUUCAAACAGUCAUCUCAAGAUUUCCCUAAUUUUAUUAAUCGUUUUGAAAAAUUUUAUUUGAGAUCACACGAAUGGUUAUACGUUCACCGUAAAAACAUUAUCAUUAGGGGUAAUAACACCAACAAUUAUGCCGAAGCAUCUAUAAGAAUAUUAAAGGAUAUAAUUCUCCACCGAACAAAAGGAUACAAUUGUGUGGCUUUAGUAGAUUUUAUUUGUUUUGUCUGGGAAGAAUAUUUCAAAAUUAAAUUGUUGGAUUAUGCACAUGACAGGAGGAAUAGUAUUCGAAAUAACUAUUUAAAAUUAUGUUCAAGAAUGGUAUCUGUAAAUCCAAGCGAUUUGUGUGAUUUGGGAAAUAAUUUGUAUAAAAUAAGUAGCACCAAAGACUCCUCGGUGCACUAUACUAUUGAUGUAGAAGUAGGACUAUGUAGUUGCCCUUCUGGCAUAAAUGGAGCUUUUUGCAAGCAUCAGGCUUAUCUACAUAAGCAGUUGAAUAUACCUUUUGUAAAUGCUCCUGCAGUUACUUGUGAGGAACGUAAAUCUUUGGGAAAAUUAGCAUUAGGUCUCGAAUGUCCUAGCGAUGAUUGGUUUAUGGAUUUAACUCAUACGACUCAUUCCUGUAAUUCAGUUUCAAGUAGCCAAACGUUAGAAUCGGAUCAUGUUAAUCCGCAAGCAGCAUAUACGGAAGUAAUUCUUAGCAACUCGCCUGAUGAAGAAAAGCGAAACAAGGAUGAUGCCAUUUUACAGCUGUCAUUGGAAUUAGAUAGAGUUAAAGCACUUGCCAGUGAAGUACCUAGUACUUUGAUACAGAAGUUUACCAAGAAACUACAGAAAAUGAAAAAUUUCCAACAGUUAUACUCAGCACUUAACGUUCCAACCAAAACUUCGAUUAGGAAACAGUCAAAAAUUAAAGUUCAGCCUACAGCUAUAUCCAGAAGAAGGCCAGGAGUAACUCGUGGUAGUACUAGGAUACCAUCAGGAAGACCAUUCAGUGGCGUGAAGAAUAAAGUAAAAAGGAAGCAUAAUAUAAAAUUGAAUAUCUUGGCAAAUCAAUCGAAUGCUGUACUUCAUGGUCGUGCUCAUUAGUAUAAAUAAAAACUUUGACCUAAACAAGUUCUAAAUAAAUAUGGAAACAGUUCAUGGAGCACGUGAUUAGUAAAAAAUAAAUGGAUAUAUCAAAGAAGUUCAUAAAAAGUAAGUGGCAAAUGGACAUUACUACUUAGAUGUUACUAAUUUUUUUUUUUAUAUGUAUUACACCAUCGAUGGCCAAACUUAAAACUCCAAUCCUGUUCUAUUAAAUGCACGGUGGUUGCAAAGAAUUCAGACUACUACCCCAAGAUACAAACCUUUUUCAUAUCGAAAAAAUGUAGAACACAGAAAAGACAUCAAAAAUAAAUAGUCUUGACAAUGGCACAUAAUAUUUUGUCCAAGCAUGGUAAAACCUAAUUUUAAUUUGAAUAAAGAAGAAACUAUGAGGCAGAACAUUUGGAAAAAAGUACUAUCUUUUUAGCACUCCAGAAGACAGUAGCAGAGGGACUACCGAAACGUCAGCGAGUUCAGGCCCAUUUC